CUGUGUCAUACGUGACAAUACGUAACACUGACGUAAAAACAGAAAGACGAAUUUAUGGCUCGAACAAAAACAAAAUUAUAGUAUGAAAAUAUGAAGAUACCUUUUUACUCGAUUUUAGGUCCGCUCAUAAGAUCAAAUCAGAAAUCCAUCAGGCCAAUAUGUGCUCAUCCGUUGAUGGCAUACUCCCACAUGUACACGGGACUUCUUGGUUUCAUCGGCAUGGUUUUAAGUUUGGUUGAUAUUGUUAGAAUAAUCAAGUGUGGACCAGUUCUUCCUGGUUACAUGUGGAGAAGUCGAAUAAAAAAUAGCAAGUUAGCUAAUCCGGAGUUAGAGCGUGAUCUGAAGCUGAUUUUCUUGUCUAUAUCCCUGGAAUAUUAUAUUUUUCUAAUACUGGGAUGUCUUACACAAAACGCAGUACUGUUUCUCCCAUUCCUUUUUCUGUACGCAUUCAUAAUUCUGAUGGAGGGUCUCAUAUUUUUGAUGUUUUUGUUCGUCAAAUGCGUCAACCUGUCAAAGAUCAACAUGUGCAUGAUCGCGUUUGUUGUUUACAACUGGAUGGCAGUAUUUUGUGCCUUUCAGGGUUGUCUACGAUAUUGUGACAUGUAAAAGUGAAAAUCGAGCAAGUGUAAUAAACUGUUUUGUAAACGA